UUUAAAAACUUCGUACGACACCUCUUCUUGCAUAUACGGUUCAUAGUUUUAUCCCUAAUUUUUCAAAACUCGCACUGAUAGAUAGCGUUAAAAGUAAAUCAAAUGUUGCUUUCUCGCUGCACCGAACUUAACCUUUCGAAAGCGCCUUCAUGUUAGCUGCGAUCGAAUAGUACCGAAAUCGUCCACUACGUGCACACCUCGACAACGUCAUAAUUAAUCGGAAAGUUCAGGACGAAACCGAAGCCUCGACCGCUUUUCACCUUGUUAACCUCUUCCAUUUCGACUGUUCGUGUUUUGUUUACCGACGAGUCCUCGUACGGCUUGUUAAAUCGGCAGUGGCAGCUACCUGCUAUCGAGGGGGCAUGACGAGCCAUAGGAGCGCAGUCAGCUGCGAAUCUCCGCGCGCGACACACGUGAAACGUUGUUUUCUCCGGUUUUCAGCGCGCGACAUUUUAUUUUUGGCCCGUGUCCUGCGUUUGCGUAACCGGGAAGACAAGUUUUUUCGUAUUGGGCCAGACGAAGAAACGUGUCUUCGCGCAUUCGCAAUUUUUCUCUGAAUCUCGUCUCUUUUGCCCAUUGUAAUUCGCGAACGUAAAAAUAUUAAUAGAGAGGAAAGCGUCGAAGUAGCCGGCAGUGUGUCGAUGUGCAGUGAUCAGGAAAUUGGUGCGCACCGGAGUCACGCCGGAAAUAAGGUCUUUUGAUUCGCCGGGAACGGAGGGAAGAUCGAGACAAGGGUUAAACCUCGAUCCGUGUAAUAGCAAAUUUGAUUUUUCGUCGUCGAUACGUGGGUUGACCGGUGAAAACGCUUCGUCCUUUCGUCGUGAUGACACCGAGGAUCUCGACAGCCGCGACGAUGGAAACAUGAGGACUCUGAAAGAUCGUGCAUUCGAUCGACGCAGCUCCAAUCCUACCGACCAUAAAUGACUUACGUAUUAUUUUUCGCCACGUCCGGACGAAAUGGCUCGGCGUGUGACCGACUCUGCUGUUGAUUAUGGCACGCGCUAUCGGAACUUAAAUCCUAAGCGAUGUGACGCAGCCCAUCAGGAAUAUUUUCACGCAAAAUGAUUCGUGCCCUUGUCCUUCUGUGCAUGGCCGUUCUACCUCUCGUACGAUGCCACAAGAUCCACGAACACAUGACAAGGGAAGAGAUGUUAUCGGUGUUUCACACGGGACACGAGUCUGUACCAACGUACGAGGUUGUGCCUGUGUUGCAUUCGGUGCACAAGAGGAGUACAGAGAAGCCGGAGAUACACCUGAAGGCCUUCGGGAAGGACAUCAGUCUGUCGUUGAAAUUGACAGAGGGGUUGUUGACAGCCAACCACUUGCCUAUGUGGACUGUCACGAAGAAUUCGUCGCAACCUGAUGGCCUCCGCUAUGAGAAGGUGACGGAUGCCGACAUAGAUAUCGGUGACAUCUAUCAAGACACGACGAACAUGGCGUCCAUUCUGCUGCAGCGGGACGCGAAUGGGAAAGUGCUCGUUGAUGGCAAUAUUGGUUCAGAACUGGUGAUUCGACCACUGCCGGAUAGGAUAUUACAUGAAAUAGUAAGUAGGAAUUCGAGUCUUCGCGAGGAAGAAUUACUGCCUAAUGUGACACGAAGUAAAGGGAACUUGAGGCGCACGAGUCAUCACGUGGUGUACAAGAAAGUGACUCGUCCGAGCGGCGACGAAUACAGCGAUUUCACGCUGAUGGAGCCCGACCACUUGGCCAAGAGGUACAGAUCGAAGCGAUCGGUCGUUACCAGAGCAAAGAGGGAAGCUCCAUACGUGAUCUAUCCGGAAAUCCUUUGCAUCGUGGACUAUGAUGGAUAUAGAUUACACGGAGGUGACAAUGUACAGAUCAAAAGGUACUUCGUGUCCUUCUGGAAUGGAGUAGAUCUAAGGUAUAAGCUGUUAAAGGGGCCAAAGAUUCGCAUCAGUAUCGCUGGGAUCAUUAUAUCACGGGGGAGAGAUGCUACACCGUAUUUGGAAAGAAAUCGCGUUGGACGAGACGCGAUCGAUUCGGCAGCUGCGUUGACCGACAUGGGCAAAUAUCUCUUCCGGGAGAGACGACUUCCGGUCUACGACAUCGCCGUCGCCGUUACAAAAUUAGAUAUGUGCAGGAGGCAAUACGCGAAUGACGUGUGCAAUAGAGGAACCGCAGGAUUCGCGUACGUGGGUGGAGCUUGUGUCGUGAAUAAACGUCUCGAAAAAGUGAAUUCAGUCGCUAUAAUCGAAGACACCGGUGGAUUUAGCGGAAUUAUCGUCGCAGCCCACGAAGUUGGCCAUUUGUUGGGUGCAGUUCACGAUGGCUCUCCUCCACCCAGCUAUCUCGGUGGACCAGGGGCCGAAAAAUGUCGCUGGGAGGAUGGCUACAUUAUGAGCGAUCUCAGACACACCGAGAAAGGCUUUAAAUGGUCCCACUGCAGCGUGUCGUCGUUUCACCAUUUCCUAAAUGGUGACACAGCAACGUGCUUGUACAACGCACCUCACGAAGACGAAGCUCUUCCUAGAGUUCUACCUGGAAAACUCCUUUCGUUGGAUGCGCAAUGUCGAAAAGAUCGUGGAACGAGCGCCUGUUUCAAAGACGACAGAGUUUGCGCUCAGCUGUUUUGCUUUGACGCUGGCUCAGGAUAUUGUGUGGCGUAUCGUCCAGCUGCCGAAGGUUCUCCUUGUGGAGAUGGUCAGUAUUGCCUAAAUGGAAAAUGCGUGGCCGAGCAUGAAAAUAUUAUACCAGAUUAUACACAGAACAUUCCAACGUAUGUGCGCCGAGAUGGCAGUUUCAAUCCUACAGCUCAUAAUCGGCCUCUGUACGAACAAUACAACAACACAGACUACAGGUAUCCGUGGGAAUCGACGACACACAGCACGCCACAAUCGAAAUUCAAAUACUCCUCGCCGUCGUCGAAUCUCUUCUCGUCGACGAGCAAUCCUUACAAACGCGUCACACCGUUCGCGACCACCCCGGCGACCAAAUACACCUACACCACCGCCAAUAAAUACAAGACUAAAGUAAAUAGUAGUAACGAUGCUAGUUAUAGUAAGAACGGAUAUAGUGGUGCUACCACUACCAGGAAGUACAAUUACUCGUACUAUACAGUUAGUCCGAUAUCAAAGGUCACGAAUGACCUGAAUUAUCCAAAAAUUAGUCCGUUCAAACAUAAGGGCACGGUGAGCACGGUGCCGUUCUCAGCAGCAAGCAAAAGGGAUCAGAACGGGCUUCAAAGUAAUGCUCGCGAACCAGAGGACGAUGAGUGCACGGACGUGGGGUCAGAUUGCGCGGAGCUGAUUGACAGGCUGAGAACAUGGCUGUGCCAUUUGCAAUCUGUGAAAAGCCGCUGCUGCGCGUCCCUGAAGACGAUCUGCGCCGCUUGAUGGGUAGCGUUGAAACGGUUCUUCCGGUUCGUUAAGGAGUUCGCGUAGCCACGCAUCCACAGACUACCAUAGACCGACAUCAAACACUCGGCGCGCACUCAGCACGCGUUCAGCUCAUCGAGCAGUUCAUAUUCUCCAUCGAGAGAUCGGGAAUAGGUGAAUCAUGUGACUCACGAUGUCGUUGGGUCAUCGUGAUUUUUGAAAGAAGGACAUCUCACAGAGUUCUUAAACGCUCUCGCGGUCGCAACCGCACGAAGAACGAAUGUGCAAUUCAGUUUAUUAAGUAGUUACGUAAUCUCACUGUGUUACCCAGAAUAUAACUUCGUUCUUUCUUCUUCUUUCUCUUUCUUUCCUUUUUUUCUUCUCUCCUACCUUUUCUCUCUCUCUUCUUUUUUUUACGGUAGUACCGCAGGAGCUUUGUACAGAAAACGGGUGUGAAGACAUAAACGUGUCGAAGACGAACGAAACGUUCGAUUGAUAUAUCCGGUAGAUUCGACCGUAUAUUUAUUCGAUGCACGUGAUCGCGCGGGAGACUUUUGUGUUGCGAUAGAUAUCGAUCAUGCGCUCGCACGUGCGCAUGCGUAUUAGUACGGACGCGCAAGUGCACGCGAGAAAACGAGCUUCCUUUAAAAUCAUGAAAA